AUGGCGGGAAUGGAGCGGAUCGAGCGAGAGGAGAUGCUGAGGAAGCGGAGCGAGGAGGCCGACAUGCGGCGAACAGAAGCACUGAGGAUGGCUCAGAGCGUUGUGAUGCAGCAGGAGGCGAAGCUUCUCUCCUCUCCUGCAGCCAACAGGAGCCAUGGAAGUCGCAAGGGACACGAUUCUGCCGGCUCUUCUCCUGCCAAGUCUUCUACCCAUUACUCCACACCGACGAAGAAGAAGCACUUGGAGGACGACGAUUACGACGAGCAAGCGUACGAGGAUGAGGACGAGGAUCGGGACGAGGGCGCUGCGUUCGGAAACGAGGAUUUUGAAGUUGAGGAGGACUACGAUGCCGGAGGUGGGAUGGCUGCUGCUGCCGAGAGCCAAUGGAGGAGCCGAGCUCAGCAAGCGUCCAAGAGAGAAGGCGAUGACGAUGGCCAUGUUGCGACCCCACAGAUGGGAUCAGAAGCAACGAUCAGGUACUUGAAGGCAAAGCUGAAAGUGAUGGAGGAGGAGGUUUCAGAGGCCAAUCAGUGUCUGCAAGAGCAACAAGAUCGAUUGACGUACCUGGAGAAGCGGAAUCAAGAGCUGGAGGAAUCUUCGACCAAGAGCUCCAAGCUCAACGAGAGUUUGAAGGUGAAGUUGGAGAAGGUGAAGCAGGAGCUUCAGGACAAGACGAAGCUGGCUGAGUCAUUGGAGAGGCAGCUCUCCGCAAGCAUCAAGGAGAAAGAGACGAUCGAGAGGGCUCAGAAGCAGAACGAUAGCUUAGCGGGAGCCAAGGACGUCCGUCUGAACAGAGCCCUCGAGGAGGUUGAGAGAUACAAGAAACUCUUGGCCGAGACCAAGACCAGCAGCUCCGAAGUGACUGAACAAGUCCGGAAGCAGCUUGACGCGGCCGUGGUUGAGAAGAAGAAGCUGGCAAAGCAGAAGGCGGAGCUCAUCUCCGGGUUCAAGAGCCAGAUGAAGCUCAUCGACGUGCUGAAGCGACAGGUCAUCCACCUCCAGGCUGCCAAGACGCUAGCAAUCACCGAGCAGGAGUUCACCAAGGCGUUGGAGCUGGGAGACUCGAUCUAG